UAAGCAACAACAACAGCAAUAGCAAUAAACAUCUUACUUGGUAACAAAAUGGCGCUGGACGGUUUGCCAGUUCAAAAGCUUGCAGAGCUACUCCACGAGCACAAAGGCGAUAGCGAUUCAGAUGAUGAUCAAAAGGUGUUAAAAGGUAUAUACCAGACUCCUGGAUCAAUUGGAGAUAAGUCUAAAAAACAUGACAUAAAAACAGAUCAAGCCUGUGGUAAAGAAGCAAAUAAUGACAAAAAUAUUUGGAAUGAAAAUGAAGUGGAAGAGGAUAUUUUUUGUGAUAGAGAUCUGGAUAGCAGACCAAGUCCAGAAUAUGAUGUUAUGUUUAAGCAAAAAGUCACAAGUGAUGACAUAUUUCUUGGCAUGUCAGGAAAAAACCCAUCAACUGCUUGUUGUGAAGAUUUGCUAAUAAAAAUACAGUUGCCAGACACCAGAAGAACAGAUAUAGAUCUUGAUGUUCAAGAUACAUUUUUGGAUUGUAGGACUCCAAAAAGUCGUCUUGCCCUGCAUCUACCUCAUAAAGUUGACAGCAAAAGUGGCAAAGCAGACUGGGAUGCCACAAAAAUGAUACUGACUGUUACCUUACCUCUAAAUAGAGAUUUUGAUUUCUUUAAUAAAUGAUAGAAUUUUGUAACCUUAUUUACAAUUAAACUUUGAUAAAGCUUCCCCUUUUAUUAACCCCCUCUUUUGAGUAAAACCCCAUUUUACCAAAAAUUAUUGAAUAAGUUGCCCUUCUAGAAAACACCUCUUAAUAGGCUGUUAGGUUUUGCAAAUAGAAACAACCAAUUGAUUAAAAUUUCAAAACUUGAUGCCCCCUAAGAAAAUAAAGUUUUGAGUUUAAGCCCCUUCAGAUCAGCCCCUUCAAAAUAUAAUAGUAGUCUCAAAGAUAGUUAAAAACAUGGAGGUAUGCUACAGUUAUUUGAUGUAUUCUUUAGAAGAAUUUAUCCAUUUCUUACAGGAAGCUA